UCACCUUCAGACCAAACUCACAAAUUCCUCUGAGUGAGUUCAGCUACAGAAGAGAAAAGUGGAAAACUACAACACUGCUGCUUCAACCUGCUGACGCUCCACACACUGAAGCUUCAGAGACAAAAUGGCUUCCAGAUCAGAGGAGGAUCUCUGCUGUCCGGUCUGUCAUGAGGUCUUCAGAGAUCCUGUUGUUCUGUCAUGUAGCCACAGCUUCUGUAAAGUCUGUCUGAAGAGCUGGUGGAGACAGAAACAAGCACCUGAGUGUCCAGUUUGUAACAGAAGAUCUUCAAGGUCAGAACCACCUCGUAACCUGGCGUUAAAGAACCUGUGUGAGGCCUUUUUACAGGAGAGAGAUCAGAGAGCUUCAGAGGCUCUCUGCAGUCUGCACUCUGAGAAAAUCAAACUCUUCUGUCAGGACCAUCAGCAGCCAGUGUGUGUCGUCUGCAGAGAUUCAGAAAAACACAGCAACCACAGAUUCAGACCCAUCGAUGAAGCUGCACGACAACACAAGAAGGAACUUCAGGAAACUCUGGAGCCCUUAAAGGAGAAGUUAAAGGUUUGUGAACAAGUUAAAGUGAAGUUUGAUCAAACAGCAGAACACGUGAAGGUCCAGGCCCGACACACAGAGAGGCAGAUUAAGGAGCAGUUUAAGAAGCUUCAGCAGUUUCUAGAGGAGGAAGAGGUGACCAGGUUGGUGGCACUAUGGGAGGAAGAGGAGCAGAAGAGUCAGAUGAUGAAGGAGAAGAUGGAGGCUCUGAGCAGAGAGAUAGCAGCUCUUUCAGACACAGUCAGAGCCACAGAGGAGGAGCUGAGAGCUGAAGACGUCUCAUUCCUGCUCAACUACAAGGCUGCAGUGGAAAGAGUCCAGCAGCGCCCCCUGCUGGAUGAUCCACAGCUGCCCUCAGGAGCUCUGAUAGACCAGGCCAAACACCUGGGCAACCUGACCUUCAACAUCUGGAACAAGAUGAAGGACAUGGUCUCCUACACUCCUGUGAUUCUGGACCCAAACACUGCUGGUCCAAGACUCAUCCUGUCUGAAGAUCUGACCAGUGUGAGACGAGGAGGAGAGAGACAGCAGCUUCCUGACAAUCCAGAGAGGUUUGAUUAUUACUACUCUAUUCUGGGCUCUGAGGGCUUUAACUCAGGGACUCACAGCUGGGAUGUCGAGGUUGGAGACAAUACAGACUGGUCACUGGGUGUGUUAGCAGAGUCUGUUCAAAGAAAGGGAGACAACAUAGGGUCUGGAUUAUGGGGAUUAUGGUUCUUUAUAGAUAAAUACUUAACAUGGACACCAUCAGCUUCACCCACUGAUCUCAGAGUUCAGAAGAAGCCCCAGAGGAUCAGAGUGAAUCUGGACUGGAACAGAGGAAAGCUGUCGUUCUCUGAUCCUGAUACUAACACACACAUACACACCUUCACACACACUUUCACUGAGAGGAUGUUUCCAUCCAUUCACACUUUAGAUGAGUUGAAGCUGUCAGCAGUGAAGGUCUGUGUGACAGUGGAACAGAGCAGUUAGAGAUAAAGAGGAUGAUUAUAUUCAUGAUGUUGUUGAUUUCUUAAAGGGAAAAGUCUCUGAAUUUAACCUGUUAAGCUGCACCUGUCCUCCUGCUGUCUCAUUAUUGUCGUAUUAUCAAUGUGUCCUUCUGGCCCUGUUUGUACAGUGUGUGUAUUAUUAUUUUGACUUGUGUGUGUGGAGCCAUGAAGACCAGCAACCACUUUGUGGAAGCUGAUGAGGAUUAAUUAAUUACAUGUGUGAUAUUUGUUUAUUUCAUAACUUUUCAGAAUUACACUUUUAUUUCAUAAAGCGUCUCUUCACAACAGCGGCGUUGUCACCAGUCAGCGC